UAACAUGUUCCCAAAGGUGAACUUAUCCUUUAAUAUGCCUGCAUCUAUUGAUCAUUUUGGGACAUGGUUCUCACAGAAGGAACCACUGCUUAUGCAGAGCUUACCUUACAAAGCAACAGGGCGGACUGACCAUUUGGAAACUCGGGCACUGCCCGAGGGCCUGGGGUCAGUAGGGGGCCCCAUGAGAUGCCCCUGGUACCUUUUUCAUAGGCUUUUUUGAGUUUGGGCAAGGACACAAGGGCUCCAUGAUCCCCUAUUGCCCGGGGGCCCCAUGA